AUGGCAGCGGCAGGAUCAGCAUUGAUGUCGGUGAACGAAGGCGACGAGAACUCGCUGUUCUACGAUGACCCCGAUCUCGCCGUCGACGAUUAUAUUCCAAAGGACCGCCAUGACUUGGAGCUGAUGAGGGAGCGCCUCUCGAAGCUGCUGUUAGGGGACGACCCCUCGGGAGGCGCCAAGGGCUGCGGACCCGCCCUAGCCAUGGCUAACGCGAUCACCAGCGUCUCAGCGUCUGUUUUUGGAGACAGCUUGCGGUUGCGGCCGUUGAGGGACGAGGACAAGAACAAGUGGCGGAGGGAGAUGGGAAUCAUGGUGUCGGUGUGUCGUCACAUCGUGGAGCUGGCGCCAGGCUGGCAGACGCGCCCUGACGGCACCCGAUUCGAGGUAAUGAAGCGGAGAGUUAGGGAGGACCUUCGAAUCAACCUCCCAGCGCUCACCAAGCUAGACCAUCUGCUGCAGAGCAUACUAGAGCAGAGCACGUCAAAUGAAUAUUACUAUGAGGACGAAGUGGUGGGAGGGCAAGAGCCUAGAGAAGAAGACGAAGAGGAGGGGGAGGAGGAGAGGGAGGAGGAUGAUGACGUGGACGUUGAUGAUGAUGACGUGGAUGGGGAUAUUGUGGAUCAGGAUUUCGAUCUGAAUGCUGACGUAGCAGGAGGGUCGGAAGGAGGGGUAGGUUCGGAAAGAGGAGGGAUAGGGUCGGAAGAAGGGGGGGUAGGUUUGGAAAAAGGAUCAGCAGCAGCAGGAGGAGGGAGUGAAGUCACAAAGGGGAGCAGCGCCAAAGAAGCUUUUUCUCGAAGGGAAGGGGGGAGAAGUAGUAGGGGAGAUAGUGGGGCGAGCGGUGGGAGUGGGUUGAGUGGGUUGCGUGGUGGUAAUGCGAGCAGCAACAGCGGGGAGGAUCAGGAGCAGCAGGAGGAAAGGCAGCAGCAGGAGGAGGAGCCUGAGAAGCACGAAUCAGAUGCAGAAGGGUUGGAGCAGCAGUUUCGAAGGAGCAUCUCAGCACCUACAGAGAGGCGCGAGAGUGGGGACUUUGCAGAGGUGGAUAAGGAGACAUGGACGUUCCAGAUUCCUUCCUGCAAUGACUUUGCCCCAGAGCUUGAAGACAAUACUGGGAGACAGGGUGCUGACGACCAACACAGGGAGCCCUAUCUCACGCACACACUGGGCGGCAGUUAUUUGUCCACUAGCAGCCGCGAGAUCAUGCGGCUGGAGGAGAAUCUGGAGCGGGUGGCAUCGUGCCUCGCUGCCAUCCGCCGCAUGUGGCCCGACCUCCCCCAAACCACCUUGGACCUCGCCAAAAUCGCUUUCAACCGGGACAUUGGGAAAGCGGUUCUAGAAAGUUAUUCCCGGGUGCUAGAGGGAGCUGCCUCCAACAUCCGAGCACGCCUGCGAGACGUGCUUCAUGCAGACCACCUUUUCAACAACCCCCAGCUCUUUCCCCUCCAAGACGCCCCCUCAGACCCUCGCCCCCAGCACCUGCGCCACCCCACCUUCUCUCUGCUCAUGCCCGAUACUAUCUUUGACGCGGUCUCGGUUUCCGGGGGAAGUGAAUCUUCAGCGAGUAUUCGCAGCUUUGAGUCGAGCAGGAGCGGGAGCAGUGGGAAGGGCGGGAGGCAUUUCCGGGGCGGGAGUAUGGUGUCGGAUUCGGGAGUAUCGAGCCCUGGCGGGGGCGGGGGAGGGAGUGGAGGUUCAGGUGGAAUCUCAGGUGGGAAGUCAGGUGGCGGGAGAUGGGACACGCGGCCGCCCAGGAGUCCCGAGUUGCGAACUUCAUCUGUAGCGCCAGCAGGGAUGAGCCGGUUGGGCGGGAAUGGGAGCGGUGGGAAUGGGAGCAGCGGGAUGAGUUUCCGUGAUCGCUUUCGGAGCGCCACUCUAGCAGCUCCCACCUCCAGCGCUGCUGCUGCCACUACCGCUGGUGCUGCUGCUGAUGCUGCUGGUGGCGCCGCUGGUGGUGCUGCUGCUGCUGGUCCUGGGUCUGGUGCGAUGGGGUAUUCCCAGUCUCUACCAGCACACGACCCCAAGCAGCAACAGCAGCAACCGUACCUACGCAGAACAGGCUCGUUUCAACCUACCUCCCAGAGCCGCGGCGGCAUGAUGCGGACGGUAAGGAGGAGUCAAAGCGGGGGGCUGGAGGAGGAGGUGAUGCGGCUGAAGCUUGAAUCAGGGGAGACUGGGGGGGACUCGCCUGUCCUGACUAAGACCCCGGGGUUUGUUCUUGUCUCAGCGUUACAGAGUGGUGGUGGUGGCGGUGGUUCGGGGGGGUUCUCGUCGCGACCACCACACCCGCCAAAUCGAUCCGCUAGUGGUGAUUGGACAUGA